AUGGGAGGGUACGGAAAGAUUGAUGAAUUCAAGAUGUACUUCUUGGAGCAGGGCUGGCGAAGCUACCUGGUGGCAGAAGACACAAAUACGGGAGAAGUGGUUGGCUGUGCUCAGUUGACACGCAUUCAGCUUGGUGGAUACUUUUACAUCAAAGAUGAUCUACAGAUCAAGAAUCUGUUUGUGAAGCCAGAGUAUCACAGAAUGGGCAUCGCAAAUCACCUCAUUCAUGGUCUGCUGCAGAGGCUGAAGCCCCGUGAGCGUGCAUGGAGCCUAGCGAGCAAGGACUCAGAAGCAUUCUUUCUUCUCUUCGCAUCUGGUUUUGUUGGACUGACGUGGAGUGAAGUCGGUCGAGUGUUCCCUGGGCUGCUGUGGUGGUUGAUGUGGCCAUUUCACCUUCAACGCUUGGCUGAUCCCAGCACAAUCUACUUUGCUGCCGAAGGUCGUGGAGAUGAUAAGGCGUACAAUCCUGCUGGUUAA